AUGACCACUCAGAGGCCAAACAUCAUCUUCAUCAUGGCUGAUGACCAUGCCUCCAAAGCGAUUAGCGCCUAUGGAGCUGGGAUCAACAACACACCCAACAUCGACCGUCUGGCUACGGAGGGCAUGAAGUUCAAUCACUGUUAUGUCACCAACUCGAUUUGCACCCCCUCGCGAGCAGCUAUCCUUACCGGUACUCACAACCAUGUGAAUGGUGUCAUGACAUUGAACGACAGCAUCAAUAAGCACCUCCCCAAUGUGGCAAAACAUCUUCGCACCGGCGGCUACCGCACGGCGAUGGUCGGGAAAUGGCAUCUUGGCGAGGGCAGGGCACAUGAGCCUACUGGUUUUGACUACUGGUCUGUUCUUCCGGGACAAGGCGAUUACUGGGACCCAGAGUUCAUCGAGCCUUCUGGUGAGAGAUUCGAGGAGGGCUACGUCACGGACAUCAUUACCGAUAAGUGCCUGAAUUGGAUCACUGAGACCAAGGACACACAGAAGCCAUUUUUCCUAAUGUGCCAUCACAAAGCCCCGCACCGCUCGUGGGAAUACGACGAGAAACACAAGCACCUCUACACUGAUACCAUUCGUGUCCCCGAAACAUACGACGAUGAUUACAAGAACCGCGCAAAAGCAGCAAAAUUGGCCAAGAUGCGCGUUGCGGAAGACAUGACAUACCAGGACCUGGGGCUUGUCCAGCCUGACGGUGGAAGCAAGGUUGGCGAACGUGUGGUGCAGGAGUCAGGCUCCGCGCAACGUAAGAUCCCGACUGAUGCGAAAAGACUCAUUGACAAAGAAGACGGAACGGUUUUCACCUUCAAGAGCAGCGACGAUCUGGCGCAUUUCAAGUUCCAAAGAUAUAUGCAGCGUUACCUGCGGGUUAUUCAGUCCGUAGAUGACAACGUUGGCCGCAUAUUGGACUAUCUCGAAGACAAUGGCCUGGCAGAAAAUACAGUUGUUAUCUACACAUCGGACCAAGGAUUCUUCCUCGGCGAACACGGAUGGUUCGACAAACGUUUCAUGUACGAGGAGUCUUUCCAGAUGCCCUUCUUGGUCCGGUACCCAGCGGCCAUCGAUAAAGGCUCGGUAUGCAACGACAUCAUCUGCAACGUCGACUUUGCGCCGACAUUCCUCGACUUUGCAAACCUCCCAAUACCAAGCUACAUGCAAGGAGAGUCUUUCCGGAAGUUGCUCAGUGGCGAGACACCAGAAGACUGGCAGCAGAUUGCCUACCAUCGAUACUGGAUGCACAACGACAUUAUUCAUCACGCUUAUGCCCACUACGGCGUUCGUGACCAGAGAUAUAAGCUGAUAUACUGGUACAAUGAGCCUUUGGAUGUAGCGGGUGCAAGACCAGGUGGUGAAAAGGAUAAAGAAUGGGAGUUAUUUGACUGCGAAAAAGAUCCCUUGGAACUGUUCAACGUGUACCACAAGGCGGAAUAUGCUGAGGUUGUUAAGCACAUGACUAACUUGUUGGAGUUGAAAAUGGUGCAAAUUGGCGAUGAACCCGUUCAUCCAAAGCUUGGUGCGACCGGUGGCUUGGUUGGGGUAGCGAGGUCGUCGGUACCGAGACACAGGGACGUCAUGUGGAAAGACGCAAGCAAGUCCCUGACCAACAUCUACCCACUGGCGCAAUCAGACGCCUUCUCAGACGCGUAUAUCGAAAAGUCCGAUGUGAUGGUGCUUCUGAGCAUCUGUGCGGAAACUGCUCCCGUCUCGGGCUCGACUGUUCUUUUUCAGUCGUUAAGGAAACUGAAGGGACUCCUAUUUUCAGCCAACGGCAAAUGUCACCGGCAAAGCCACGUCGACUGA